CAUAGGAGCGGAGAGGGAAGCGGCUGCGGGCGCUCUUCGUGCCCAAAGCGGCAGCCGAUGAUUUACAGAUCGCAGCGCUGCUGUUCAGCUCGGACUUAGGAACUCUGAGCGCAGUCCUCUCCCCAGCGAGCUGACUGGAGCACGAACGCAGAGUCUGUCACUUUCGUGCAAACUGCAGUUCCCACAAGGUAUUGCUGAAAUCCUAAUGAACCGACCCCAUGCAAGAAAUUCUUUGGGAAAAGUAUUUGUAGAUGAACUUUUCAGCGCUCUGGAACAGCUCCGCUUUGAUGAGAAAGUUCGUGUGGUAGUGUUCAAGAGUAAAGUGAAGGGUGUGUUUUGUGCUGGUGCAGACUUAAAGGAGCGUGAGAAAAUGGAUGAUGCAGAAGUUGGACACUUUGUUAAAAGGCUGAGAAAUCUCAUGGAUGAAAUUGCUGCCCUGCCUGUGCCCACCAUUGCUGCAAUAGAUGGCUACGCACUGGGCGGUGGACUAGAACUGGCGCUGGCUUGUGACCUUCGAGUUGCAGCUUCAUCAGCUAAAAUGGGUCUUAUAGAGACCACAAGAGGGCUUCUUCCAGGAGCAGGUGGAACCCAGCGCCUGCCCAGAUGUAUUGGAGUAGGUCUUGCAAAGGAACUCAUUUUCACGGGGAGACAGAUAGAUGGACAAGAAGCUGCCUCAAUGGGAUUAGUAAAUCACACCGUGCCCCAAAAUGAGGAGGGAGAUGCAGCUUACCAGAGAGCAUUAACUUUGGCUAAAGAAAUCCUUCCUCGGGCUCCAAUUGCUGUGAAAAUGGGAAAACUGGCAAUAAACAGAGGAAUAGAGGUUGAUAUUGCAUCAGGGAUGGCGAUUGAGGGGAUGUGUUACGCACAGAAUAUCCCCACAAGAGACCGUCAGGAGGGAAUGGCUGCCUUCAGGGAAAAACGACCACCUCAGUUUAUUGGCAAAUAAUGCUUCCUAGCUUAACCCUUGUUGUCUUAAUGGGUUUGUUUGUUUGUUUGUUUUUGAGGAGGACCUGCUAAUUUCUUAGGAUUAUUUUUAUGAUUGCACUCCCUAUAUGUAGCUCCUUCUUGCCUUGGACUGCAUUUCUGAAUACUCACUGGAUCAUUUUUCUCUAAGGAUUCACCAAUAAAGAUUUAACUUUGUACAGCC